UAUAUUAUAAAUUCACUUCUGCUGACCCUCGUUGCGCUGGCGCUGGUGGGCGCAGGUAGAUACAUCGCCGACGAUGUGGUGUUGGUACCGAUGAUGGUCAGGGUAAGGCGCGACACACACGGCUCGGUCACCGUCAACUCGGACGGCACCUCCGGAGCGGUCGUCAAGGUGCCGUUCGCAGGCGACAACAAGAAUGUCUUCAGCGCCAUCGGCGGCCUCGACCUCGACAAGAACCUCAAAAUGAGCAGCGCAACAGCAGGCCUGGCGUACGACAACGUCAAUGGUCACGGCGCUACUCUUACAAAAACGCAUAUACCCAGCUUCGGUGACAAGCUGACGGCGGCCGGCAAGCUGAACGUGUUCCACAACGACAACCACAACCUGGACUUGAAGGCGUUGGCCACCAGGACCAUGCCGGAUAUUCCACACGCGCCCGACUUCAACACCUUCGGCGGCGGCGUUGACUACAUGUUCAAGGACAGGUGGGCGGCGUCGGCGAGCGCUGCGCACACGCCUCUCUUCGACCGCAACGACUACUCCGUGGGUGGCAAGCUGAACCUGUUCCGCGACAAGACCACCUCGCUCGACUUCAACGCCGACUACAAGAAGUUCGAGAUGCCCAACUUCAAGUCCGACCUGACACCCAACAUCGGCUUCUCAUUCAGCAAGUUUUGGUAGUUCAGUAUUAAGACGGAGUUUUAACAACAGACACUUAAACCAUUUCUGUGAUAUUUCGUGUUUGUAAAUAGGAGGUUUUGAAUGUCAAGUAUUUAUAUUAAGGUAUUUUAUUACAAAAAUAAAUGAUAUAAUAUUGUCCUGAUUA